AUGGCUCCUACACCAUCACAGAACUCCACGUCAAAAGUCAAGGGCACUAAGACGUUCUCCUCGCUCAGCCGCCCGUGGCAGAGCCAUACUAUCUCCGGCACCCACACAGGGGCGAGUCCUAUGGAUCGAUGGAUCUCCCAGUCUCCCAAGGACGAGCCUUGGACCAACAUUGGUGGAGUCAGAACCGUUGCAGGUUCUCACUCGGAGAAGAACCAUGAUACCACUUCGAGCCGUGGGGGCGUUGCGGGGUCUCACUCGGGAAAUGCGAAGCAGUGA